GAAUUCAAAGCUGUUGGGAGUGUAGUGCGAAGACUUGUGGGAAGACUUGUGCCAUGGCAGCACCUAAAUCUAAUUAUGUGUACCUUGUAGGAGAAGAGUGGUUUCCCUUGACAACUUAAACACUCCACUCCACCCAGUCAACACAAGUCCUCCCUGCUCCUGCUCCUGCUCCUCCUGCUCGGUUGUUAUACUUAUAAACAUCCACCACCACCACCGACGCCCUUCCUACCAAAUCCAUGGCCGCUGCCGCUGAAUUUUCGUGUCUUUCUUCAUUGCCGGCUGGUUUUGUUUUCCGUCCCACGGAGGAGCAGCUCAUUACCCACUACCUGAAGAACAAGAAUGUUGGCAACGAGUGUGUUGUUGGUUUUAUCAAGGAGAUUGAUCUGUACAAGUUGGAACCCGAGCAACUCCCAGACAAAUCGUUUAUCCCAUCUGAUAAUUUUGAGUGGUUUUUCUUCCGGGCCAACACCUUUGACAUUGAAAGAACCACGGGUACUGGCAGCUGGAACUUCUGAAAAUCCAGAUAAUGUCAUACAGAGUGUAUAUGAUUUUGAAAAGCACAUUACGGAAUCGGUGUUCGGCAAGCAGAAAAACAACUUGGACGAGAUGACAUCAAACAAACACGAGGAAUCGGACACUCUUAGACUCUCAUUUUCAAUUCUGCAGGCUCAAGAGGAUAGCACACGCACACAAAUUGUGAAUCCACCCCACCCAUCUACCAAACGCAUUCACCACAACUCCAGUCAACACCCACUGGUCUGUUUUGCGAAAGCAUUGCUAGGCAUCGUGAUGUUAGUAAUGUUUGCCCGAGACAUGGUGCUAUACCGACACAGCCGCUAAAUAUUAGCAUGAAGCAUUGUCUCAAUCUUGGCUUAAGCUUUUUCAUAUCAUGUAUCUGUCUUCUGCCUCACAGGCCUUGUAUUGAAUUAUAUGGCUACUAUGACGUCGAUGCCCCUAUUUUCUAGAAUUUCUUCAAUAUUGUUCGAGUCUAGUAAAACUUUCUUCUUCGAGAGCCA